AUCCUCUGGACCGCAAAGAGUGUGGAUAUACUUCACCCUCGACAAUACGAAGCCUCCGACAAACGCAAUAUCAGGGAAUAAACGAAGGGGAUGAUUCAGACACCAUCCCCACGCUCCUCCCUCCCGACAGAGCAGUCCGCUUCCGUCGGGGGUGGGCAGCAUCGGAAGCGGCAGUCACUCGCAUGCGACGGAUGCCGAUCCAAAAAACGCCGCUGCGACGGCCUCAAACCCACCUGCACGCAAUGCCAGCGCGCCCGCAGCACUAACGGCGAAAAGGCGCCAUGUACCUACAAAACGGCCACCAUGAAACGGACCGUUGUUCGAUCACAAAACAAAACCACCACCGCGACGCCGGCGACGGCGCUAAUGUCGGAUAGCAGCGGGGAGUCGGAGAUUGGUUACAGCGCGAUGAUGGAGGUGGAUAGCCGCCCGUUUGAGAGGGACGCGCCGUUGCCGACUGGGCAGGUGGGGUUCUUUAGUGUGGAAAAAGAUUUGAAUGACCUUCUGGGGGUUGGUGGGGUUGGAGGUGCGGGAACAGAGGUCCGGACGCACGCAACACCACCAGCAUCGACGUUGAAUGGACAAAAAGACGACGCCCAGCUCCGCAUCCUCUUCGGCGACAUAACCGACCGCGACUCCCCCGAACUGCUGUCGUUAUUUCCCAACGGAUCACCAGACAGCAUCCACACCCAGUCCGAUCGCGUCUCCCCCGUCUCCGCCUCGUUACCCGACUCGUACUUCUCACUGGACGGCGUGGACGGCCCGCUGGCGGCGUUGAAGGGUAGCUUUGACAGCCUGGAGUCGUCGGUGGAUACGGCGGCGCGAACUAUGAGCUUUGAUAGCAUGGAGUCGGCGGUGGAACUGGACACGGCGGCGCGGAGUCUGGAUCCAGCGGCGGCUGCGUUACCGGUGUUUGCCGGGGCGGGUGCGCUGAUGACGCAGACGCAGAUGAUGCCGUCGAUGGAUUCGUUCAACGCGUCUCGGUUUCCUACGUUUGACAAUUCCCGGAUCUUUGAGCUGGGGUUCAAUUCAGACACCCUAAUCUUCGACCCAGCAACCUUCCAAACUCUCAACAUGGACCUCAGCUUCACCUCCCUCAUGAUGUCAUCCGCCCUCCCCUCCCCAUCCCCCCCGCUACCAGACCUGGAAACGCAUCUCCGCGACACGGGCUACGUGUUCGGCCUUGUGGUCCAGCGCGGGUUCGAGAGUCAGGCGGACCGCGUGGACCCGGAUAUUGUGAGCGUGAUGUGUGCGUCUGGCGCGCAGUUUUCGGUGCAUCCGGAGCUGGAGAGGGUUUAUGGGAGUAGGCAUAGGGCAGUUAAGCAUUUUGCGGAGCGGGCAGAACGCGGCCUCUCCAGCCGCGUCUACUACGGCCCCGCGAAAGUGCAAUGCAUGCUCAACCUCGGCGGCAUAUUCUUCCAACUCGGCGACGGGCCCAAAGCCUGCAAGUGGAUCCGCGAAGCCGUCAUCGUCUCCGAAGGCUACUACCGCUUCUUGGUCCCGGACCGGCACCAGGUGCCCGGCAACGACACGUCCUCCGCACAGCGACCCGUGUGGGAGAUCCUCACCGCCUGCCGCACCGAAAGGUGCACGGAAUCGGAACGCAAUGUGUAUUGGGAGACCUUGGUUAUGUGCUUCAUGUACGACACGUACGGGAUGCUGGCGUCCAAGUGCAUGCCGUUCAUGGAUGAGGGUAAUCUCACGCUGCUGAUGUACGAUAAGCGGCCGUGGGAGAACAGAGGGCAGUAUAAGGCCCGCAUCGCGGUCGAGCAGCAGCGCGCACAGAUGAUGUAUGGGCAGCUCAACACGUCUCUGAGCGCCUUCACCGUCGCGGACACCGCCGGCCGCGUCGAACGAUUAAUCCAAGAGACGAUGUUCAACAGAAGCGGCGGGCUGGCACUCAUCGCGCAAGGCUUGAUGCUGCUGCGGACAGUGUACCGCCUUGUCCGCAGGGCCCCGGAACCCAAACCCGACCCGGACGACGACGACACCGACCCCGCCUCACCCUGGACCGCACCCGCUACCGCCGUGUUUGGCGCGUACAAGGUGAACCCUACCCCCGACCUCCUCCACGAAACACUCAUCAACUGGUGGAGCAGCUUACCCCCGCAGUACCGCGCUUUCGACAACCUCACCAUGUUUCUCAGCGGAUCAGUCCCCCCAGCGCCUAACGCGCCGUGGACAGAAUCCCUGUACUCGGUGGAAUGCACAACCACCUUCCUCCUCUGCCUCUCCGUCCUGCACAACUACCCGCCAACAGCGCACUUCUCCUCCACCCACCGCAUCACACUCCGCAAACCCUCUUCAACCCCCCAAAACUACCCAGCCCAAGAAUGCCGCGUAGACUCCCGCACCCUCCUCACAAUCUCCCGCCGCGCCUUCGCCUACACCCUCCGCUCCCUCCACUCCCCACUCAUCCCAUCCCCCUUAUCCGUCCCUCCCACCCACGCAACCGACAUCUCCAAAAUCCCCUUCACACCCUCCCACCCCGUCAUCUCCCCCGCCAUCGCGCUGUUCCCGCUCAUGGGCACCGCCGCCUUACAAAUCCUCCUCCCGGAUCUCUGCGCGACAACCGCGACACCGGAUCUGGUGAGAGAGGCGAUCGGAGAUGCCGCCGGUGUGUUUCUGCCGGUGUUGGAUAACACUGGCAGGCAUUUUCCGGUGGAUGCGCAUUAUGCGGAGAUGAUUCGGAUGACUGUUAAGGGGAUCGUGGAAGCGGGGCAGGCGGUGGGCGGGUUGGAUCGGUGGGGGAGUUAUAGGGGCGCGCCUGGGAUGCCGAGUGUGGAGGGGGAGGGGGAGGGGCCGUGGGGAGGGUGUGCUGGUAAUUUGGGGGUUUGAGUAUGGUUGGUAGGGACAUUUUAUAACCUGGUUCUUUUUUUCGCUCUCCCCCCGCCCCCUCCCCUCCCUUUUGGUGUUGUAGGCUGCGAGUUGACUCUUCAGUGCGAAAGUUGACAUGUUUUCCCUUCUCAACCCGAACCAUCCCCCAACCUUUUUCUUUGUUUCAUCCCGCCUGAUGUACUGUAUACAUGUCUCCAAUAUCCCAGACAGACGGGACCGCGUACGUUUCGUUCCUUUGAAGGAUGGUUUUUCGUC